GGCGUCGCCGCGGGGACCCGCCUGGGGCGAGCGCCUUGGUCCCGGGGCUGCGGCCGGAGGCGCUCAUCCUUGCACCGGCGCGGCGUUCCCCGGAGCCGUCGGCUGGAGGGAGAAAUGUUGCUGAAGUGCUGCUGAAGGGGCCACAGAUGCAAGGAUUUGGGACAGACACACUUGAACCUUUAAGCUGUCUGACAUUGACCUCCUUUCAUUAUUAAUAAGAAGCAGCAGGAGCUUAGGACGUGUUAACACCAGGUCAUUCAUGUACUAACCGGACAGUGUUCUGCAAACUCCUCUGCGCUGUCAAGGACGGGACUGGCACACUGACAGGAAGCUCGCAUUCCCUCAGCUUAUGAUAUGCCUGGAUGGAGGGAGACUUGCUAACCCUGAGGGAGGACCAUUCUUUCCAUGUUCGCUACAGAAUGGAAGCUUCUUGCCUUGAGCUGGCCUUGGAAGGAGAACGUCUGUGUAAAUCAGGGGACUGCCGUGCUGGCGUGUCAUUUUUUGAAGCCGCAGUUCAAGUCGGAACUGAAGACCUCAAAACACUCAGUGCUAUUUACAGCCAGCUGGGCAACGCUUACUUCUACUUACAUGACUAUGCCAAGGCACUAGAGUACCACCACCACGAUUUAACACUGGCAAGGACUAUUGGAGAUCAGCUGGGGGAGGCCAAAGCCAGUGGCAAUCUUGGAAACACCUUAAAAGUGCUUGGGAAUUUUGAUGAAGCAAUAGUAUGUUGCCAGCGACACCUGGACAUCUCCAGAGAACUUAACGACAAGGUGGGAGAAGCAAGAGCACUCUACAAUCUUGGAAACGUGUAUCAUGCCAAAGGGAAAAGCUUUGGCUGCCCCGGUCCCCAGGAUGUGGGCGAGUUUCCCGAAGAAGUGAGAAGUGCCCUGCAGGCAGCUGUGGACCUCUAUGAGGAAAACCUGUCGUUAGUAACCGUUCUGGGUGACCGAGCAGCCCAAGGACGAGCCUUUGGGAAUCUUGGGAACACACACUACCUCCUGGGCAACUUCAGGGAUGCCGUUAUAGCUCACGAACAGCGCCUCCUGAUCGCAAAAGAGUUUGGAGACAAAGCGGCUGAAAGGAGAGCAUACAGCAACCUCGGAAAUGCAUACAUAUUCCUGGGUGAAUUCGAAACCGCUUCCGAAUACUACAAGAAGACACUGCUGUUGGCUCGGCAGCUAAAAGACAGAGCUGUGGAAGCCCAGUCUUGCUACAGCCUGGGGAACACGUACACGUUGCUUCAGGACUACGAGAAGGCCAUCGACUUCCAUCUAAAGCACUUAGCAAUCGCUCAGGAGCUCAAGGAUAGAAUUGGCGAAGGAAGAGCGUGUUGGAGUUUAGGAAAUGCAUACACUGCUCUAGGAAAUCAUGACCAAGCAAUGCACUUUGCUGAAAAGCACUUGGAAAUUUCAAGAGAGGUUGGGGACAAAAGUGGGGAGCUGACGGCACGGCUGAACCUUUCAGACCUGCAGAUGGUUCUUGGGCUGAGCUACAGCACGAAUAACUCCAUGAUGUCUGAAAACAUUGAGAUUGACAGCAGCUUACACGGUGCACGCUCCAAGCUGGGACGAAGACACAGUAUGGAAAAUAUGGAACUUAUGAAGUUAACUCCAGAAAAGGUACCGAAUUGGAACAGUGAAAUUCUUGCUAAACAAAAAUCUCUUAUUGCCAAACCUUCUGCAAAGCUACUGUUUGUUAACAGACUGAAGGGGAAAAAGUACAAAAGCAGUACCACCACUAAAGUUCUUCAAGACGCCAGUAACUCCAUCGAGCACCGAGCUCCAAAUUCUCAGAAGAAAAUCAAUGCAGACACUAUUGGAGAUGAAGGAUUCUUUGACUUACUAAGGCGAUUUCAAAGCAACAGGAUGGAUGACCAGAGGUGCUACUUACAAGAAAACUGUCGCACAGCAUCCACAGCAGCGUCGUCUUCUACCCCCAAGAUGAUAAAAACACCGUCUGUCUCCGUGGUAUCCCCCAACACAGAUGAGUUUUUAGAUCUUCUUGCCAGCUCCCAGAGCCGCCGUCUGGAUGACCAGAGGGCCAGUUUCAGUAAUUUGCCAGGGCUCCGUCUGACAAAAAACAACAAUCAGUCGGUGCUUGAGCGCCUGAUGACAAAUGACAAGAAAGAGCCUGAUGAAGACUUUUUCGACAUCCUUGUCAAGUGUCAAGGGUCCAGACUAGAUGAUCAAAGAUGUGCUCCACCGCCUGCUGCCACAAAGGGGCCCACUGUCCCUGACGAGGACUUUCUUAGCCUCAUUUUACGCUCUCAAGCUAAAAGAAUGGAUGAACAAAGAGCUCUGCUGCUGCGGAAAGACCCAACAGAACCUGAGUCUGCACUAAACGAACUUCUGCAAAACAGUGCUCUGUUGGAAUUUAAGCAUCCAGGAAAAUAACUAGAAAACCACUAGAUGCUGCGGUGUUUCCUACUAAAGAAAAUACUAGUUCCCUCGGAACACUGCAGGGAAAUUCAACUUUUUCCAAAGGGGGGAACUAGACAGCACUACAGUGGUUACCAUGUUUUUAGGUUGAAGUGCUGAGUCACUGACAUUCUUCUAGACACUUGUCUCAGGGCGGACUGUCCUGUAAGGUGCUUCAUCAACUUAACUUACCUUGGGAUUUUGCUUGGACAACUUGUUAGAUUCCUUGACUAGGGUAGAAUUCAGUCCUCUUACUGAGGUCAUUUUUUAAGGAUCUAGUUGACAAUUACUUUUUUAUACUUACCUAUAAAUAGAGUGAACUGCAUUGUUUAUUGGGAAUAAUGUAAAUGUCCUAUGUAAAAAAGAUUAAAAAUAGUCAUAAAAUUCUAGUUUCUUUAAGAAAACUAUAUUCAUUAUAUUUUUAGGCAAAGCCAGUGGGGGAGAUAAGAAAUAAACUAAUUUUAGCAUG